AUGGCUCACGUGUACGGCCCUACACCAGCAGUGGUAUGUUUGUCAUCAACAACGUCAACAGAAACGAUUCUGUGGGAUAUACAUGUGCCAUAUCAUCUCAUGUUAGACGACAGCAUUGUCAAAGAUGUGUUAGCAGCCCGUGUCCCUGUUGUGUCUUCAGUGGGAUAUGGAUGUGCCAUAUCAUCUCAUGUUAGACGACAGCAUUGUCAAAGAUGUGUUCGCAGUCCGUGUCCCUGUUGUGUCUUCAAUCAACCAUCGAUUCAGAAGUUUGAAAUUAAUGACCAGUCAGGAUCGGCAAUUGUACAGGAGUUUGAAAAGGUCACCAUCGGGUGCACCGUUGACAGUUCACCCAGACUGAAUUACAAUACCGAGUUUGUAAGUAAUGUCUCUGUGAACGUGAGUGAAGACACAAUAAUGGCCAUCUCGGUGAUCGCGUACCCAGCCCCUGUUUUUACCUGGUACAAGCUCCAGGACGACCAGUGGCAGACGCUAGAGUCCACUGAGACACUCGAGUCAACAUCCUGGUCAUCUGUUGGUCAGCUGGUCAUCAACAACGCACAGUGGAAGGACGCUGGACAGUACCAAGUGGUCGUGUCAAAUGAAGUGUCCAGUAAGAGAGAGGAGGACUCGACAGGAAAGUAUAUUGGAAUAGCCAUAGGAACAGUUGCCAUUGUUGCAGUACUGGUCAUGGUCACCCUGCUGAUUAUUAGAAGAAAGCGCAGAGCGAAAUCUGAUGAUUCUGCCAAUACGAACGCACCUGCUGCAGCGGAACCCGAGCCUGAUGCUGCAAAUCAGACGUACGAAAACUUCAACAAAUCUGACAAAAACGCAGAUAAUCAAGCCAGUAAAGAUGGAGGUAAUCUGUACAGUUCAAUGGACAUCAGAGAGCCCGAUCAGACUGAACAGACGUAUGAAACAAUUAAUACUGAUGACCUCGACAUCAACUGUGAUACAGACUGCGCCGGCCAUGGAGACGUGGUGUUUGUGUUGGACUCCUCCGACUCUGUAGGAAGCGCCAACUUCAACAAGGAGAAACUCUUCGUCCAGAAUGUCGUCAGGAAGUGGAACAUCGGCCACAACGGCAUGCAGGUCGGGGUGGUCACUGUGGGCAACACGGCCCAGAACCAGUUCUUCCUCAACGACCACGUCACACAGCCGGACCUCCUCAACGCCCUCGGUCGGAUGCAGUUUUCCGGAGGCCAGACGAACACUGCCGAAGCGAUCAAGUUCGCGUCCGACAACUCGUUCAGGCCGAUUCACGGCGGGCGCGGCCAGUCUCCGCACACGAUGAUCAUCGUCACCAACAACCCCUCGGGGUCCAAAGACCUCACGCUGUUACAGGCGAAGUCCGCCAAGGACAACAACAUCGCCAUCUUCACCGUCGGCGUCGGCGGCGGCGCGGAUCACACGGAGCUAGACGAGGUGUCCAGUAACCCGGAUCUAAGAUAUUCCAUGUACGCGGAUGGGUUCCAGUCGCUCAACAGUCUGUCCGACAUCUUGGCUAUGAAGACGUGUAAUGAAAUCACUCCAGAUGCCAACUUCCUACCAGCCCCAACAGGCUGUCUAAACCGAGCAGACGUCAUCUUCAUGGUGGACUCCUCCACCAGCGUCGGCCCGUCCAACAUCCAGAAAGUGCACGACUUCAUCAAACAGUACGUCAAGUUGACGCACGUCGCCCCCAACGGCGUGCACGUCGGCCUCAUGCAGUACAGCAGCUUCCCGUCGGUGGACAUCCCCCUCGAGAAGUACACGACGCGGCCCAGCCUCAUGCACGCCAUCAAUCAGGUCAACUACACCGGCGGUUCCAACAACAUCGUCGACGCGCUCAAGUUCACGCGAGAGCAGAUGUUCUUUCGGCGGAGUGACGUCAGGAAGAACGUGCCGAAGAUCGCGAUUAUCGUCACAGACGGCUCGUCGUCGGACCAGUCGCACACGACCAAGACCGCCGAGGACCUCCGCAGAGCGGGAAUUGGCGUUCUAGCCGUGGCAGUAGGGCCCGGUGCGCACCGAGCGGAGCUGGAGAAGAUCACUGGUAACCCGGCCAACGUGCUGUCUGUCGGAAACUACGAUCAGCUCAGACCUGUAUUAAAUAAUCUGAUGCAAGCAUCCUGCAGAGUUAUGAAUGCGGCACCAACAGCAGCUCCAGGCAGCACUUUACCUGUGGAUACCUGUACUGAUGCCAUUGCCACGUGUCAUAGUUACGAUCGGUCGGUCUGUACAUCAUAUAAAGAGUGGUCGAAAGCAAACUGCCAGAAAUACUGUGGAAUUUGCCACCCUCUUUACACCCAGCCUCCGCCACUAUGUAAGGAUAAGCUGAGCAACUGCUUGAGUUACGGAAGAAAGGUGUGCACGAACUACAUGUAUGGUCCAUGGGCGAAGGGCAACUGCAGGCAGUUCUGUGGCUUUUGCAGUGGAGAUGUCAGCCCUGUUGGAUUCUAUGGAAAGUGUUAUUACAAAGGGAAAGAAUAUGGCCAGGGUGAGACGUGGGCGGAUGGGUGUGACUACCAGUGUGUGUGCGAGGACGGGAAGACUGGAAAAUAUUCAUGUUAUAACAAGUGUCCCGUGUACCAUGACCUAUCAUCAGGGUGCACUCUGGUCCGGAAACAAGGGGAGUGCUGUUUACAACCGCAGUGUCAUUUCAGUCCUGUCAUCUCCACCUUUCAAGGAUCUGGACUUGGACACAAAGACGGAAAAAGUGUGUGUCUGUACCAAGGAAAGCGCUACUUCCAGGACCAGCAGUGGGAGGUCGGGUGUGACUACAUCUGCACCUGUACUGACCACAAGACAGGCUCUUACACCUGUCAAGACAGAUGCCCCAAGUACAACUCUCUGCCGUCUAACUGCAAACUACGACAACAGCCUGGCGAGUGUUGUUCAAAGCCUGUGUGUGAAUUCCAACAACAGCAAGGCAGCUUCUCCGGAUCUGGAUCCAUUAGCGGCUCUGGACUCGGAUUACAUCCCACUAAUCCACCACCCUGUGCGGACAAAUUGGACAACUGUGGAUCAUAUGGACAGCAGACAUGCUCCAGCUUCCCAGUCUGGUCGAAAGAUAACUGCAGAAAGUUCUGUAACUUGUGUGAUUUUGGAACUCCGCACCCAGGGCCAGAUGAUCGCUGUCUCUAUGAAGGAAAGUCGUAUUCUCAAGGCCAAACCUGGAAGCCACAUUGUGAUGUCACAUGCACAUGCGAAAAUGCAGCUUAUGGCUACUACAGAUGUGUUAACACGUGUCCCACUUACAACAACCUUCCGCCAAGCUGCAGAGAGGAGAAACCAGCAGGUCAGUGUUGUAGCGUGAUAAAAUGCAGUUCGGGGUCAUUCUACUCGUCCACUACCAACCUCAACAGCAUUGGUAACGGCGGCAUGAUAGUCGGCCCUAGCACCGGUAGCGGCUCCCAGCCCACGUUACCUUCCGGGGCAACGGCACAACCUGGCACAGGAGGAACUGGUAUUCAACCACCCCAGAUACCUGGUUGUUUGUACAACGGAGGUGUCUAUUCACAAAAUCAAAGAUGGAAUGAUGGUUGUUCGAAAUCAUGCGAAUGUAUCGAUGAAUCUGUAGGACAGUACAGGUGUAGACCUAGGUGUCCAACAUACAGUCACGUCCCCGUCGGCUGUGCCUUUGUUAUCGACUCCAGUGAUUCGUGCUGCAGGAAACCCCAGUGUGUGGGAUCCAGCAAGGCCAUUCCAAUGUUCGGCACUGCGGUGAUAGGCCACGGUUCAGUACGACCCCCUAAACCUGGAGAGCUCUGGAUUGGAUAUGGUAGUGUGACCUUCAGACAGACUGGAACCACCGUACCCCCACCUACUGGAAUGGUAACUGGAUCUGGCGGUGUAGGUUUCUGUACCUACAAAGGUGCCAGGCAUCUGCCGGGAGAGACGUGGGCAGAUGGGUGUAAAUAUAACUGCGUUUGUGACAAUGCUGCCUUUGGACAUUACACUUGCAGAGACAUGUGUAUCAUAUACCAUAACAUCCCCGCCAAGUGGUGCCACCUGGAGACUAAUCCAGACAACCCGUGUUGCCAGAUACCUGUGUGUAACUUCAACGCCCCGUACAGCGGUUUCACCGGAUAUGCCAGUCUAAAUCCCAUCACGGUAAACAACCACCUGACGACAGUGGCACCAACACCAAACCUUCCAUUCUGCGAGUACAAAGGCAGCCACUACAACACGGGUCAAAUGUGGUACGACAGAUGCAGUUAUAAGUGCGAGUGUGAAGAUUCUUCGAAAAACCAGUACAGGUGUUUAACGAGAUGCCCCCAAUAUAAAAAUGUGCCUACCGGCUGUAAGACAGUUCCUGACCCCCAAGAUCCAAGCUGCUGUACAGUGCCGAAAUGUUCCUUCACAGGCGCCACGGUAUCAACAUCAGGGAUGGGGGCCUUGAUUCCACACAUUAACCCUCGCCCGACAUCAAUCGUUGAGGUGAAGACAAGCAUACACAAGCCAGGUUUCUGUACGUACAAGACCAUGGAAUACAAGCAGGGAGAGUCGUGGGAAGAUGGCUGUCAGUACCACUGUGUGUGUGAAGACGGCUCAACGGGAAACUACCGGUGUUCAGACAAGUGUCCUAAGUAUGAUGUUCCAGCCGGCUGUCGUCUGGUUGAUGACUUUGCAAACCCAUGCUGUAAAGUGCCACGCUGUGACUCGACCCCCACCAACAGACCAACACCUGGGAUUCCCCCAGUAGGAGGGUCACACUCACCAAGCAUAGCUCUGUCCACUGCAGCACCCACCCCGGGAAUAGGCUUCUGCAUGUACAAACAUGUGAAGUACCAGCAAGGGCAGACCUGGGAGGAUGGCUGUGAUUUGAAAUGCAGAUGUGACAAUGCAGAUAAGGGAAUUUAUACCUGUAACCAGAGAUGUCCAACAUUUGACUCCAACCUGCCACCUCAGUGCAAGAUGGUAACCAACAGCAAGGACCCCUGCUGCUUGAUUCCAGACUGCAACUUCCCAGUACCAACAGGUUCCCACAAUGGAUUUGGCACGCCCACGCCCAUUGGUGGUGGCCACCCUGCAACCCCACCACACAUAGGACCGACCAACGCACCCACUCCUAAUCCUCACCCGACCGACUUUCCAACACCCCCCCCAGCGCAGACUCUACGUCCUGCUAUUAUCACCGGAUCAGCCGUCGCCCCGUCUCCAACCCCAGGACCAUACGGCAGCACACCGGUACCAGUUGUGAUACGCUUCUGCGAGUACAAAGGUGUCCAGUACAGUCAGGGUCAACAGUGGUUCGACGGAUGCGACUACGCCUGUGAAUGUACGGAUGCACUGUCUGGCAAAUAUGAAUGUCGUCAAAGAUGUCCAACAUUUGUAAACUCGAGACCAGAAUGUCGAUUAGUCAAAGACCCUGUGAAUCCCUGCUGUAACAAGUUGGAGUGUAUCAAUUCUCCCACUCCCGGUGUGCCGAUUGGACACAACACCCCAACGCCCCACCCGCCAGGCCUCUCUCCAAGCCCUGGUGUAACUGUACCAGGACAGACUCCCAUUCCUGGAACUCGCCCAUCACCAACACCAAAAGAUGUGUGUGUAUACAAGGGGAAGUCCUACACCCAGGGACAGUCAUGGUACGACGGAUGCGACUACAAAUGUGAAUGUGAGAGUGGCUCACAGGGGGCGUACAGAUGCAACAACAGAUGUCCGGACUAUCCCAGCAUGCCAAAGGACUGCUACUACGUUGCUGAUCCGAAUGACCCACUGUGCUGCAAGAAACCCGAGUGCAAGUACCCACCUGUGAGCAAUGCCACGGGGUAUGUUCCUCUCCCGACCCCACCGAAACCCGUGAUAGUGGGAGGCAUCGCAACUCCCUCACCAACGCCGCCGUCUGGUCACCCAACCCCAGGAUUUACCAUGCCAGGAGGAUCACCCACUCCUUACCCUGGAUACACGCCCAAAGGAUACACGCCAACACCUGCACCUACUCCAAUUCCCAACAAUGUGUGCGUUUACAAAGGCAAACAGUAUAAACAGGGCCAGCACUGGCAGGAUGGAUGCGACUACGACUGCAUCUGUAUAGAUUCUAACAAGGGAGUUUACAAGUGCACCGGAAAGUGUUCGCCCUACAAUGCACUGCCAAAGAACUGCCGCCUGGUGAGAGACUACCUGAACCCAUGCUGCCAGAAACCAUUCUGUGACUCUGUCGUACCUACUCCACAAGCCACAACUAUUAAAGGGCAGACACAGGCAAAUACGCCACCACCGCCAACCACCCUGGCUCCAACUACACAAAGUCACGAUUUCUGUGUGUAUAAUGGAGUCCAGUUCCACCAGGGAUCAUCAUGGAAGGAUGGUUGUGAUCUGACGUGUAUAUGUGAAAAUGCCAAAACCGGUUACUACCGCUGUAACCAAAGAUGUCCUCGAUAUGACAAUUUGCGAAGUGACUGUACACUUGAAACCGAUCCUCAGGAUUCCUGCUGUAAGGUGCCUCGAUAUGACAAUUUGCGAAGUGACUGUACACUUGAAACCGAUCCUCAGGAUUCCUGCUGUAAGGUGCCUGUGUGUGCGCCUCAACAACCAUCUACACCAUCGCUGCUCACACCUGUUCCUGGCUCGACGAGUCAUCCCAAUCCUAACAUCACUCCUGGAAAUCCUGUGAAGCCGACACCAUCUACAAUGCCGGUGCCAAGUCCAGUUCCCACCGGCGUUAUUGUUGGAAUUGGUCCCAAGCCGCCGAAGAAUGCACCUGGUUGUAUUUACAAUGGAAUGACCUAUCGACAAGGUAAAACAUGGAAGGAUGGAUGUACGUACAACUGUAUUUGUGUGGAUGAACACACGGGCAAUUACCAGUGUACGCCAAGGUGUCCAGAGUACAACAAUUUACCAGCCUACUGCUCACUGAGAAUUGAUCCACAAGACUCGUGCUGCAAGAAGCCGCAGUGUGCUCCACCACAGCCAGUCACCCACAGACCCAUACCACAGCCGACCGACUCACAGCACAGUCCCAUCCCCUUCAGCACUCAGCAUCCAGUCCUUGUGUCGGGACACCCAGUGUCUGGCCUCACGCCAGGUCAACCAACCACAGGAGCACCAGUGACACAGCCAAAAGACGUGUGUGUAUUUAAGGGAGUAUCCUACACACAGGGACAGCAGUUUUAUGAUGGGUGUGACAAGGUGUGCGUGUGUGAAAAUGGAAUGACAGGAUUUUACCGAUGUAAUGACAGAUGUACCAAGUAUACCUCCAUACCGCCCACGUGCACGAUGAUUCCGGAUCCCAAGGACCCGCAGUGUUGUCAGGUUCCACAGUGUAUCCAGGUGCCCAGCAUCAACGGGAAGCCCACACCAGGCCCCAGCGCCACGCCCACAGUUAUCACCAAUAUACCAACUGGUAGUGUCACUGGUAUGGGCCCAAUACCCAAGCCAACACCAGACUCCAAUGGGAAGACUCCAGUGCCGAGAACUGGGUGUCUGUACAAGGGAGCGACGUACGUACAAGGACAGAAGUGGCAGGAUGGCUGUGACUACAAGUGUAUUUGUGAGGACGGUAUGACUGGCCAGUACAAGUGCGACCAGAGAUGCCCUGACCUGCCUAACCUGCCACCUCAGUGCAAGCUGGUGCAGGAUACGAAGGACUACUGCUGUUCGGUGCCUGUGUGUGACUACAACAAGCCCGUGCCUACUCCUGGUGCCCCCAUUGCUGUGCCUCUCCCGACCCAUCACAUGGUUCUUACGCCUUCACCUGGUGCCACGUUUCCACAUGGCUUCACGCCCUCGCUUGGCCCGACUCCGCCACAUACCAUUGUUAACCAGCCUAUUCCAACACCAUUGGCAUUCUGUGUUUACAAAGGAAUUCCCUACAAGCAAGGCCAGACGUGGAAUGAAGGCUGCAAACAAAAGUGUCGAUGUGAUGAUGCCAUGAAUGAUAUCUACAACUGCUUUGAGAGGUGCCCCGUGUAUCAGCCUCAACCAGGGUGUACAAUGCUGACUGACCCCAAUGACCCAUGUUGCCAAAUCCCACAAUGCACUACGAUCCCGACUCCGACACCUGGCACAGGUCCAACUCCGACACCUGGAACAGGUCCUACCCCACCUGGAGGUCUGACUCCGCCCAUGAAGAACCCAUCACCAAUACCAAUAGCCCCGUCUCCACCACAGAUCAUAGGACAACGACCAUCACCAAGUAUUCCAGGGCUGACACCAAAUCCUCGAGAUCAGUUCUGUGUGUACAAAGGACUGCGGUACAAGACCGGAGACAAGUGGCAGGACGGGUGUGACUACGACUGUGUCUGUCUCAAUGACAUGACUGGAAUGUACAAGUGUACACAGAAAUGUGUGCCGUUCCCCAACCCACCGCCGUACUGUGUGAUGAUCCAGGAUCCCAACAACCCCUGUUGUAGAAUACCCAGCUGUCCAAAUUCACCCCAGAACACCCCCACCCCAGGUGUUGGUGUUACCCCGCCACUGGGACACACGUUUCCGCCUGGUCACAGCCCUCCUGUACCAAACCCGUCUUUGAAUCCGACGCCAGCGCCAAGUCCUAUUGUACCAAAAGGCAAGAUGUCGUCUGUGUAUUUCAGAUGUCGUCUGUGUAUUCCCGAUGUUGUCUGUGUAUUUCAGAUGUCGUCUGUAUUUCAGAUGUCGUCUGUGUAUUUCAGAUGUCUGUGUAUUCCCGAUGUUGUCUGUGUAUUUCAGAUGUCUGUGUAUUUGAAAUGUUGUCUGUGUAUUUCAGAUGUUUGUGUCUAUAAGGGCAAGGCCUACACACAAGGACAGAAGUGGGAUGACGGCUGCGUCCAGGUGUGUGUGUGUGAAAACGGCAUGACUGGAUACUACACAUGCACUGACAGAUGUCCCAUUUACAAGAAUCUGGCUCCGAACUGUAUAAUGGUGCCCGAUCCGAGGGACCCAGUGUGCUGCCAGGCCCCCGACUGUAAGAGUGGAAACACGUCCAUCCCUGUCCCAGUGUAUGCAACAAUCACCGGAAACCAGACUCCCUCUCCCAAGAUGCAGACCCCGGGUCCGACUCCAUCACCAGGCACAGGGCCAACACCCUCUCCUGGAACCGGACCCACCCCGAAGCCAUUACCAAAAGAUGUCUGUGUCUACAAGGGUGUGAUGUACAAGAGUGGACAGAAGUGGCAAGAUGGCUGUGAUUAUGAUUGUGUGUGCACUGACGGAGUGACAGGUCACUAUGAAUGCACAGACAAGUGUCCACGCUAUCCCAACCUACAGACAAACUGCCGUCUAGUGUACGACCCGUUGAACCCAUGCUGCCAGAAGCCUCUCUGUGGAUCAGUUGUUGCACCCACCCCUCCUGUAGGGGUCACCCCUCUACCCACCACUGGCCAGCCAGGUCACACACCACAACCUAACCCCAAUACCACUCCUGGUGGAGCUCCAACCGCACAAUUCUGCGUGUACAACGGAGUGCCGUUCAUGCAAGGCAAGUCGUGGAACGUCGGCUGUGACAAAGUGUGUCGGUGUGAAGAUGCCAUGGCCAAGCUAAUUAACUGUGUUGACCGAUGUUCGCAUUUCAAGAAGAUUCAGCCCGGGUGUACUCUGGUAACGGAUCCCAACGACCAGUGCUGUCAGGUUCUACAGUGCCCUGUAAACCCACUGAACCCGAACCAAACCACAGGGACAUAUGGAACAAAGACGGGACAGAGCGUCCCACCAUCAAAUCCUAACCCACAGACAACUGGGAACAGGAAUGUAUGUACAUACAAUGGUGUGAUGUACCAGCAAGGUCAGACGUGGGAUGAUGGAUGCACCUACCACUGUGUUUGUAUUGACUCCAGUUCUGUAUUUGUUUUUUCAGAUGUGUAUACAUAUAAUGGUGUGAUGUAUCAGCAAGAUGUAUGUACAUACAAUGGUGUGAUGUACCAGCAAGGUCAGACGUGGGAUGAUGGAUGCACCUACCACUGUGUUUGUAUUGACUCCAGUACUGGGAAGUAUGAAUGUACUGACAAAUGUGCCAAAUUCCCGUCUCUGCCCCCGACCUGUAUGAUGGUGAAGGAUCCCAACAACAACUGCUGUCAGAAACCAUACUGUCCGGACCUGACCCCGUCUCCAGUGGCCCCGAUGACGCCAGUCCCUGGUGUUUCCGGCCCAUCACCAGGUGUUACACCGCUUGUUUCAGUUCGCCCACAGACAGGUUCGCCUAUUACUGGCAACCGAAAAGAUGAGUGUGUGUAUAAUGGUGUCAGCUAUAAACAAGGACAGCAGUGGUUUGACGGCUGCAACAAGAAGUGUGUCUGUGAAGACAGCGUCAUGAAUGUCUACCGAUGUCAACAAAGGUGUCCGACAUAUCCUCAUCCUCCAGCCUCCUGCACCUUUGUGCCAGAUCCACAGGAUCCGUGGUGCUGUAAAAUCCCCGAGUGUCCACUUCCCACACCGAUUCCAGGAGCCAAACCCACUCCGGGCUUUGUGCACAUUCCUGCCAUACCCCUGCCCAUGUUCACUGGCAUAGCACCAAUUCCGACAUUGCCUCCAGGAAAGACGCCCCCACCUGGAUCGAUCUUCCUGACGCCAAAACCCGGGACAGGCGUUACAGGAUCUAUGCCAAAGAAAGGAUGUCUCUAUAAGGGAGUGGCCUAUCACAAGGGUGACACGUGGGAAGACGGGUGUGACUACCACUGUCAGUGUGUCGAUGACAUCACGGGAAAUUACAACUGUACUGCAAAGUGUCAGAAAUACGGAAAUCUGCCCAACAACUGUGUGCUGCUGAAGGACCCUAAAAACCCUUGCUGCAAGACUCCAUUCUGUGACUUUGUGAACCCUACACCAUUCCCUAACGGGAUACCCACUCCUAACCCUCUCAUCACCCCAAGUCCCUUACCGAAUGGUCAGGUACCAACACCCGGGGGCAAUGUGGGAGGCCAGUACCCAUCAGGACCAACAGGAAAGCAAGGUUUCUGUGUAUACAAUGGUGUGUAUUAUAGACAGAAUGCUCAGUGGAACGUAGGCUGCCAGAAGACAUGCAGGUGUGACGACGUGACCACUGGUUACUACACCUGCUCCGAGAGAUGUCCCGCAUUUAACAACAUCCCCUCAACAUGUACCCUGAAGACAAGUCCUACCGACCCUUGCUGUCUCGUACCAGACUGCAAUGUGUACCCAGUACCCAUUCCUGGAAUCAGUGGUACCAAAAUUCCUGGACAGACACUUCCACCAGGGGGCAUCACCGGACAUGGCAAGCCAACAGUCAUCACUCCAAUCGAUGUUAAAGGAACUUACACUGGAUCGUCAGGAAACAACCCAGGCAGCCCUGGAUCAUUUGGAAGCGGCAGUGGAUCACGGUCCGCCUGCGUGUACAAAGGCAAGGCUUACAAUCAAGGAGACACAUUCUAUGAUGGAUGUCAUUACAAAUGUGAAUGUGUCGAUGCGUCACGUGGAAAGUACACAUGUACAGACAGAUGUCCGGUGUACUACUUCCUUCCCUCGGACUGUAUAUACGAGAGUGAUCCAACAGACAGCUGCUGCAAGAUAGCCAAGUGUGGAGUGAGUCCCAAACCCACGGGUCCGUCCACUACAAAACACAUUGGAAUUGUUACCUCCGAAUGUGUUUACAAGGAUGGCUCCCAUCACAGCCAAGGUGACGUAUGGAAUGAUGGCUGCAUGUUAACCUGCAAAUGUGAAGAUGCCAGUAAAAAUGUGUAUAAGUGCAACCAAAGGUGCCCAGCGUUUUCAAGCUUACCAAGUUACUGCAGGCUUGUGCCGGACACAACUGACCGAUGCUGUAAGAUUCCACAAUGUCAAGGCAUCCAGACUUUGAUAGGAAACAAUGGGCCAACGCAGUCGCCCACCCUGAGUCCAACCGUUAAGAACAUAAUACCACUGGGAACGCACACCGUCUUCACGGGCUCCAGUGGGCCACGCCCUGCCACAGGGCCAGGAGUAAUCAAUGGGCGUAGAACGACCUGCAUCUACAAGGGAACGGUUCACAAAGAACAAGAGACAUGGGAGGAUGGCUGUGAUUUUGUCUGUCAGUGUAUUGAAGGCGUCCAAGGAAUCUACAAGUGCACAUCCAAAUGCCCCAAGUUCCCUCCACUUCCACAAUACUGCCAGAAGGUGGCCGUGCCUGGAGAGUGCUGCCCAAGUCUGACAUGCAAUGUGCCUAAUAAAGGCAUCUACACUCCCACACCGGGCCUUGUGCCACAGCCGGUUCCCACGCCUGGACCAAACGGUCAGAUUCCGACCCCAAAACCCACCGACGUGCAGAUCAUAGUGAUGCCCCCAGGAUCAACGUUCACUGGCGGAAGCAGUCUUCCUGGUAAUGGUGCUCUAGUUCCUGCUGGACAGAAUGUCACUGGUCUACGAGGGAUUUGUGUGUACAAAGGAAGGAUGUACCACCAGGGUGAGACAUGGGAAGAUAAGUGUGACUACAAGUGUCAGUGUUUUGAUGCCAGAUCAGGAUACUACAAGUGCAACCCACUGUGUCCGAAGUAUGAUGGUCUUCCAUCCACUUGCUACCUGGUGAACAGUCCUGGAGGAUGUUGUCAGACUCCGAUAUGUCGGAAACCCGAUGGAUCGACGGUGCGCCCCGACCAGACUCACGUUGUUCCUGGCGUGUUUGGAUCCUACAAUGGUGGAUUCACCGGCUUCAGACCAGGAUACCUCACUGGAACUCACUCGGUCUACUCAGGGCACUCAAAUAUGUGUGUGUACAAGAGCAAGAUUUACCACCAGGGUGAGAAGUGGGAUGAUGGAUGCGAUUACUCAUGUGAAUGCAGAGAUGCUACUAAAAGAAUAUAUGUGUGCACACCAAAGUGUCCGACUUACACGAACCUCCCACCAUCAUGUCGGCUUGAGAAGGCAGGCGGAUGCUGUGAGAAAGUCAACUGUAAUCCACCCACAACAACAGCCGCUCCGACAACAGCAGGGCCAUGUGUUGACACCAUCCAAGACUGUCCGGCUUAUGGCAAAGCUGCCUGUGGAGGAAGCUAUGUGAAGUGGGCUCACAUGAACUGCCGUGCCUACUGUGGAUUCUGUACAACCACAAUGCCUCCCACAAACUGUAAGGACAAACUUCCAAACUGUGAUGUCUUUGGUAAGCAAGCAUGUACUGGAGUGUAUCGGAAAUGGGCCACAGAAAACUGCAUUAACUUCUGCCACCUAUGUCCAACGUCACCUCCUCAGGUUUCAACAACAGCAUCGCCCUCACAGUCCACAGCUCUCCCGUGUAAGGACAAGCUGCCCAACUGUCUCGAAUACGGUUCAGUAUCCUGCAAGGCGCCAUACGAGGAGUGGGCAGAUGCUAACUGCAAAGCUACCUGCGGACGAUGUGGUAGGCCCAUCUCUCUCAGACUUCCAUUUUACACAUACUGA